AUGUCUACUCCUAUCGAAUUCACUACUACUACAAAAGGUCGUCCCUUAACGAUAUUAGAUGGUUAUUUAUACACUCAAGAUCGUCGAACCGACACAAAGACCUAUUGGCGUUGUAAAAAUCAUAAAACUUAUAAUUGUCAUUAUCGAAUACAUACAUGGAAUUCUACUAGUACUAAAACUCAUGCCAUGAUAUUAAAACAAAAUGGAACUCAUUCAACAAGUUGUAAUCGUGAUCUAAUUAAAAUUACAGUGAGAAAAUUUCGUGAAGACGUCACCGAUCGUGCAAAAUGUACUCAAGAAACAACAGAUACUGUAUUAUCACAAUGCAUCUCAAAAUUACCUGAUUCAGCACGCAUACGAUUACCACCAUUAGAUCAUGUUAAAAGAACAAUUCAACAACAUCGAAAAAAAAUUGAUUUACCAUAA